UUUUUCAUCCAAUGAUAGUUAAUUUUCUGCUAUAAACAUAAAUAGAAUUGAAGUGCUAUAAAAACAGAUAAAGAUCCUUUCAUUCGUAGUGUGACAGAAGAGAUGGAGUCCAACCAAAGUUCUUCAUCUUCUAGGGUUGACAGAAGAACCAUUGAGAAAAACAGAAGGAUUUACAUGAAGGCCCUAUACAACAAGCUCCAUUCUCUUGUGCCUCAUGAAUCUUCUAGGGAUAUAAUAUCACUACCAGAUCAACUACAAGAAGCUGCAAACUACAUUAAGAAACUGCAAAUAAAACUGGAGAAAAUGAAAGAAGAAAAGGAUCAUUUGAUGCGGAUGAAGAAAUUGGAAAUUAAUCCUGACAAGAAAAGCAAAACCGCGAGUGUGAUGGUGGGGCAACAAAGAACACCACAGAUUGAUGUUCGUGAAAUUGGGUCAUCUCUUGAAGCCAUUCUCAUCACUGGGGUUGAUUUUCAGUUCCUGUUCAGUGAAACCAUUCGUGUGAUUCAUGAAGAAGGUUUUGAUGUCGUCAACGCUAGCUUUUCGAUCAUUAACGAAAUGGUUGUUCAUACCAUACAUGCUCAGAUUGGAGAAACUUAUGCCUCAGAGAAUGGUGUUUCAAGGAUCACAGAGAAACUGAAUAACAUUGUGUAUGGCAUCUGAGCUUUUUACAUUUAUUGCCUACUUUUGUCCCUUUAAUUAUAUUAGUGGAAUUAUGUAUGGUUGGGAUUCAAUAUCUUUACCAACACUAAUUGGAAUAUAUCCUUAUCAUGUAUCGAAUUAUUAGAUAUCUGCUUUUCAGACAA